AUGGGUGAUGAUGGGUAUGAUUCUCGUGCUGCAAGAGACACUCCUGUGUUCAGUGAAUGUGACCAGUUCUCAUCUGACACAUCUAAUCCAAUUCCUAUCUUCCGCUUCGGAUUUCCAUUUCCACCCGCCGAAGAAUCUCUUCUUCUUUAUGCUGUGAAUCGUGGUCGAAUGCUUCAGAAGCUGGUUUCUGAGAGUGCAAGGUGGGAUUUGGUGUGUUUGUUUUCUGGGGAAAAAAGAAGUGAUGCUAGUUUUGGAAGUUAUUAUAAAAAGUUUCAAGCUCUUUACAUUUUUGUUCCGUAUCGUUGCGUUGAAGUUGCUGCAGAAGUUAACGGGAACUUUCAAUUUCAAGAGGAAUUUGUGGCUCAUUCAUCAAGCGUCAAUUGUUUAAAUAUUGGAAAGAAGGCAUGCCGUCUUUUCAUUACUGGAGGUGAUGAUCACAAGGUCAAUCUGUGGACAAUUGGCAAGCCAACUUCUAUAACGAGCUUAUCUGGUCAUACUAGUUCAGUUGAAUCUGUCGCAUUUGACUCAGGAGAAGUGUUAGUUCUUGGUGGAGCAUCGACAGGUGUGAUAAAGCUUUGGGAUUUAGAAGAAGCAAAGAUGGUUCGCACUGUUGCUGGACACAGAUCCAAUUGUACUGCUAUUGAGUUUCAUCCCUUUGGUGAAUUUUUUGCAUCUGGCUCCAUGGACACUAAUCUAAAGAUUUGGGACAUCAGAAAAAAAGGAUGUAUUCAUACGUACAAGGGUCAUAGCCAGGGCAUCAGUACUAUCAAGUUUACUCCAGAUGGCCGAUGGGUUGUUUCUGGAGGAUUAGAUAAUGUUGUGAAGGUGUGGGAUCUAACAGCUGGAAAGCUCUUGCAUGACUUCAAGUUCCACGAAGGACCCAUUAGGUCUAUAGAUUUCCAUCCGCUUGAGUUUCUUCUGGCUACAGGUUCUGCUGAUAGAACAGUGAAAUUCUGGGAUUUAGAAACCUUUGAGCUGAUUGGAUCUGCCAGACGUGAGGCUUCUGGGGUACGCUCAAUAGCUUUUCAUCCUGAUGGAAGGACCCUAUUUACUGGACAUGAAGAUGGUUUGAAGGUGUAUUCAUGGGAACCUGUUAUAUGUCAUGAUACUGUUGAUAUGGGAUGGACAACACUUGGUGAUCUUUGUAUUCAUGAUGGGAAACUUUUGGGAUGCUCAUUCUACCGAAAUUCUGUUGGAGUCUGGGUAGCAGAUAUAUCGCUUAUUGAGCCAUAUGGUGCUGGCUUGGAUCCCCAAAAAAAUGAAGGCACAGAACAAAAACUUGAUCUUCAGAGAAGUAAACUAGAGAAAGUAGAAGUUAAUGAAGGACCAACCUCUGGGUUGCGCAGCAUGUCUCCUGAUGAGUCAAAAGAGAUAAAGAAUAUAUAUAUUGACUCUUCUGGAGGGAAACCUGUUACUUUACAGAGAUCAGGGUCUUUAAGUUCCGCUAAAAUAGAUCUCCCAGAGGAAUUCAAGGAAAUUUGCAACUUGGGAACAAUGAAGCAGAGUCCUGCGACAGGAGUUCGUGUAAAAUCAAAUGAACAAGCAAUUAGAAAAUCUUUCAUUGUACCAAACAUUGUACCUCGGGAUAUCCCUGAGGGUAAGGUCUCUGCAAAACCUGAAAAAGAGACCAUCACCUUUUCAAAGACAAAACCGGGAAUGUUACUCAAACCAGCUCAUGUACGGAGAGCAUCCACUGGCAGAUUUGAUGUUGAUAGGUUUUCAGAAGAUCUGAAUUCUGGAACUUUUUGUGAUCCUGCGGCUAAGUUAGAUGGCACAAAAGAACCCAAGUUCCAAACAAAUCUAGGACCUCAUAAUGAAGUCAAAGAAUCUUGUGAAGAUAAACAUCCUAUCAAGAGUGUUACAGACAAGUUUGACAAGAUUCUAUCUCCGAGUAGAUUUUCUGACCAAAUAAAAUGUGAUGAAUCCUCACCUCAAAAGGAAGAAAAUAAUCCAGUUAAAUACGUCAAUGGAGUUGCUGUUGUACGAGGAAGGACCCGGUCAUUGGUUGAGAGGUUUGAAAGAAGGGAAAGGAUUCAGAUUGAUGAAGAUCAAACUAAUGUAUUCCUCCCCACAAUAAAUGAAACUGUAGAAAAAGUUCAUAAUGAAGAUCAAGCUAAAGCAUCUCCCACAAUCACUAAAGUAUGUGAGAAGAAAGAAAGAAUUCCCUUAGUUGAAGAUAGAAACAAUCUGCCCUCCAUUCCCAAGACGACACUAUCCGAAACCAAUAAAUCUCCUAACACACUGAAAGUUGAGCCUCAAAUUUCUAUAGGGGAUUCAAACUCUGCAAAUGAAGAGGAAAUCAUUGAAGGUUUGAUGCAAACUCAUGAUGUAACAUUAAGUAAUCUUCGCUCACGCUUGACAAAGCUACAGGUGGUGCGGCAUUUUUGGGAACGCAAUGAUAUUAAAGGUGCUACCAAUGCUUUGAGAAAGCUGCCAGAUCAAUCUGUUCAAGCAGAUGUUAUCAGUGUCCUUGUGGAAAAGAUGGAGAUUUUCACCAUGGAUUUAUUUUCUUGCUUACUUCCUGUGCUCGCAGGCUUGCUGGAUAGCAAGAUAGAAAGACAUGCCAAGGUGUCACUGGAUAUGCUGUUAAAGCUUGUAGCAGUUUUUGGUCCAACAAUACGUGCAACUGUUUCGGCACCUCCCUCUGUUGGUGUUGAUCUGCAUCAAGAGGAAAGGCGAGAAUGCUGCAACCAGUGCUUUAUGGAACUGCAAAAAAUCCAAAUGAUCCUUCCAAUACUGAUACGGAGGGGUGGUUUAUUAGCCAGGUCUGCCCUAGAGUUAAAUCUUGUUCUUCAGCAGUCCUAA